CCCACGAGGAGCCAUGGCUGCAGAGAGCCCUGCAGAAAGUCUCCAGGAUGAACUUUCUUGUCCCAUCUGCCUGGAGUAUUUCAAAGAUCCAGUGAUUAUUGAGUGUGGGCACAACUUCUGCCGGGCCUGCAUCAGCCAGUGCUGGGGGGAGACGGAGCCAAACUUCUGCCCCCAGUGCAGAGAAACUGCCCAGCAGAGAAACCUGCGGCCCAACAGGCAGCUGGGGAAGGUGGUGGAGUUAGUGAAAGGACUGAGGCUCCAGGCGGUGACAGAGUGCGAUGGACAAAGAGUGUGUGAGAGGCACCAGGAGGCUCUGAAACUGUUCUGUGAGGAGGAUCAAACCCCCAUCUGCGUGGUGUGUGAUAAAUCUAAGGCUCACAGAUCUCACAAGGUGGUUCCCAUAGAGGAGGCUGCCCAGGAGUACAAGGAACAAUUCCAGACCCGACUGCAGGCUUUGAAGGAAGAGAGAGAAAAGCUCCAAGGAUGGAAACUGACAGGAGAGAAGAGAAGCCCAGAGUACCUGGGAAAGACAGAAGCUGAGAGAGAGAAAAUUGUGGCUCAAUUUAAGCAGCUGCACCAGUUUCUGGAGGAAGAAGAGCGACUCUUGCUGGCCCGGCUGGGAGAGCUGGAGAAGGAGAUUGUGAAGCUGCAGGAUGAAAAUAUCACCAAACUCUCCGCGGAGAUUUCCCGUCUCAGUGAGCUGAUCAUCGAGAUGGAGGGGAAGUGCCAGCAGCCAGCGAGUGAAUUCCUGCAGGACGUCAGAAGCACCUUGAGCAGGUGCCAGCAGGGGAAGUUCCAGCAGCUGGUAGAGAUUUCUCCUGAUCUGGCAAAGAGACUUGGUGAUUUUACCCAGAAAAACAUUGUACUAAAGGAGACUUUGAGGAAAUUCCAAGACGCUCUGAUGUUUGAACUGCAGACAGCGAUGACUCUGGAUCCAGACACGGCUCAUCCUGAACUCGUCUUGUCUGCGGAUCGGAAAAGCGUGAGACUGGGAGACACACAGCAGCGAGUGCCCAACAAUCCUGAGAGAUUUGACUGUAAUCGCUGGGUGCUGGCCUGUGAAGGAUUCACCUCAGGGAGACAUUGCUGGGAGGUUGAGAUGGGGGAUGGGCAAUGCUGGGCUGUGGGGGUGGCCAGAGAGUCUGUGAGGAGGAAGCGGGGGUUGAGUUUUAACCCUGAGGAGGGGAUCUGGGCUGUGCAGUGGCUGCAUGGGGAUCAAUAUCAGGCUCGCACCUCCCCUGAGACCACAGUGUCACUGGGCCGGGUCCCCAGCAGGAUCCGGGUUUGUCUGGACUGUGACGAGGGGCAGGUGGCAUUUUUCAGUGCUGACAACAAGGCCCCGAUCUUCACUUUCCCACCAGCGUCUUUCAAUGGGGAGAGAAUCCGCCCUUGGUUCUGUUUCUGGGACAGUGAAACCCAGCUGAGACUCUGUUCCUGA